UACGUCAUCUGUUCCGCUGGAAACUACCCGAAGGUUCCCGACUCAGAGUCCGGACCGGUAGUCAUGGAGCUCGCCCUGUGAUGACUUCCUGAUCAUUGAACCCCCAACUGCUGAGCCUGAUGGUCUGGAUGCUUUGAGGUCACUGUUCACUCAAGUGCAGAUAAUCAAGCCAUGAUUGAGAUUGUCAAGAAGGCAAAGUCAAGUUCCCCGAUUAUCAUGAGAUUCAUGAGACGUCUGGUUUGGUUGUCUCUAGUGCACAAGUUCCAUCUAGUAUGUGAAUAUGUAGAAGCUUACUCCUCUUGCCAGGAAGAGAUGUUGCCCUUCCAUGCCACCAGCCUUCCUGACUCUCUUGUGAUCUACUGAUGAUAUGUUUAUCGUACAUCUCCAGGAUCAACAAGCUCGAGGAGAAACUACUACAGUGGUCCUUCAACAUACAAUGAAAGAAGAAGUCUCUGAUCGACCUGUCAUUUCUUUGAGAAGUCCAUUUCUAGACAGAUAGAAGCAAACUACAGUUCUUCCAUACACCAUCUCUAUGGGUCAGGAAAUUUCUCAUGAAAAAGAAGCUAGAGAUGACAUGCAAGACGAUAAUAUAGAAGAACCCACGUCUAUUUCCCAGCUUCUCAGAGAGAGCUACUUAGCUGAAUCUGUUAUACAUCAGGAGAACAGUGAACAAAGCUCUGCUAUCUCCUCCUCCCACUCAUAUCAUCAUAGUCUCUGCUCUGCCAAAGUUGAUGAGUUAGGAGGAACAGAUGAUUUUUCUGAUCUUUCUGCCUUUCUGAGCCAGGAGGAAUUAGACCAAAGUGUACAUUUGGCACGACAGUCAAUUGACCAGGAUGGACAACAAAAAGAGGGGCAGUCCAUUCUUAAAUGCCCGCCCAGAGAACUGAGAAAACAAGCCAAAUCUUCUGUAAGAUCAUCUGUAAGCACUGUAAACAACCCAACCGAUACUGACCAAGAACAAAACUCAAACUUUCAUCAAGAACAUGUCCUAAAAGGUUCAAGGAACUCAGUAGAUGACACUAAGGAUACAAAAAAGCAACAGAGAGUAAAUCCUUACGGAAACGAGUCGGAGUCUAAGAAAGAGUUUCUAAAUAAAGCAGCAGAUUUUAUAGAAGAGCUGUCAUCGCUAUUUAAAGCUAACAGUUCUAAGCGGAUCAGGCCAAAGACAUUGAAAAAUCGAAGCAGAAAACGUGAUUUAAAAAGUGGAACUCUUGAAGAAGACGUCUCCAAUUACACCACUCAGUCAGAAAAUCGAGAGAGGCCUCUCUGUCCUCCAGUACAGACAGAAAUAGAUGCCACUGUCUCUGAAGAACCGGAAAGUUUGGAAGCUGUAGAACCAGAAAUUGAAAAGGAGGUUUUAGAAGAAGGGGAAACAAACACAACUUCCUCUUUUUAUCUAGAAGAGACUAUUGGGCAGCCUCCAAAUUUUAUUCAAAAAUUAAAAAGUAGGGAAGUUACCGAAGGAAGUAAAGUGCAGUUGGACUGCAUUGUGGUUGGAAUUCCAGCACCUGAAGUAAGGUGGUACUGUGAAGGAAAAGAACUUGAAAAUUCUCCAUAUAUCCAAAUCCAGAGAACAGAAGAUUUGAACACUUUAAUUAUUACAGAGGCUUUUGAGGAGGACACAGGGCGUUAUUCUUGUUUUGCGUCUAAUAUUUAUGGGACAGACUCAACGUCUGCAGAGAUAUAUGUAGAAGGUGCAUCCUCAUCUGAGUCUGAAGGUGAAGCCAGCAAGACUGACAUGGAUCAGUCACAAAGUGAAAAUUUGACAGAAGAAGUGUCUAAACCUGAGGCCCUUCAAGAAAGAAAUGUUCCGAUCACUGUAAUACAGCAUUCACAGCCAACAGUAACACAACAGAGUUCGACUACAUACCUACAAGGGCUAGACGGAAGACCAUUAAUGGCUGCUCCUGUUUUUACCAAGACACUGCAAGACAUAACGUCUUCUGAGGGUCAGUUGGUUGUAUUUGAAAGUCGAGUCAAGGGGUCUCCGUCUCCAAAGGUUGAAUGGUACAGAGAAGGAACAUUGAUUGAAGAUUCACCAGAUUUUCGGAUUUUACAGAAAAAGCCUCGAUCUAUGGCUGAACCUGAAGAGAUAUGCACUUUAGUUAUUGCAGAAGUCUUUUCUGAAGAUUCUGGCAUGUUUACAUGUACAGCAAGUAACAAGUAUGGCACCACUUCUAGCACUGCCUAUAUGACUGUGAAAGGCUCCCAAGAAAAUCCUUCUCAACCUCCCUUAACCAUAAGCACAAUCAAUAUAGAGGCCUUUAAAAGGGAACCUUUACCCUCUACACCGCCACCAAUAUUAGUGGAACCACCUGCAAAGCCUAAACUAGAAGGGGUUUUAGUGAACCAUAAUGAGCCAAGACCAAGCUCUAAAAUUGGCCUGAGAGUUCAUUUCAACUUGCCAGAUGAUGACAAAGGAAGUGAAUCAUCAUCAGAAGAAGGUAUCCUGGAAGGAAGAAACUAUGGAUCUAAUAACCAGGAUAUGUUAAAUGGUCAAUCAUACUUAUUAUCUGCAUCUAUGAAAGAGCCUCCACCAGUAUUUGCAAAGCCAAAACUAGAUGCCUUGAAACUACAACAGCUUCAUAACCAAGUAAUGAACGAGCAGCAAGUCCCACCAUCAACUCCUACCAUGAUGGCAAGAGAUGUUCUUUCAAGCCCAGCCAUGCAAAAUUCAUCCACUUCUGCCCAACCUUAUAUGUUUUCUCGCCCACAACAGUUCCUGCCAAGUUCUGAUUCAGUAAAUACAUAUCCAGUUUCUACAGCUAACACUGUUUCCCAGACAAGACCAUGGGCAUUAAACACACAAAGUACUUCCAAUAUUUCCUUUGUUUCAUCGCCUUCAUCCUCCACUGUCCAACCUCAGUACAGUGUGAAUGAAUCCAUAUUACCUUCUGCACCUACUGUACAGCCCAGCUGGAACCAAUUCCAAGCACAAACUGUACCAGCAUCUCCAGUUUCUCCACCACGGAUUCAGAAUCCUGUUGCAUUUCUUAGUUCAGUUCUUCCUUCACUACCAUCUACCCCUACAGUAACAAAUUCAAUGGGACUACCAAGGAGUGUUGUCUCACCUUUUCCUGGGACACCAAAGAAAAAUUCAAAGUCAGUGUGGUUUAGUUCACAGGAUCAAAUUCGAGAAAACAAGGGUCAAGUUGUACGAGAAUUAGAAAGAAAGCUAACGCUGAGAGAUGAUAUACCUGUUCUGCGGCAGCAGGAAUACAAGAUAUCCAGUUUUGAGCAGAGGUUAAUGAAUGAGAUUGAGUUUCGUUUGGAGCGUACCCCUGUUGAUGAAUCUGAUGAUGAAGUUCAACAUGACGAAAUCCCCACAGGAAAGUGUAUUGCUCCAAUAUUUGACCGUAGACUCAAACAUUUCCGAGCUGUAGAAGGUGCAUCAGUAACAUUUACAUGUAAAGUUGUUGGAAUACCCAUACCUAAGGUUUAUUGGUUUAAAGACGGAAAGCAGAUUUCAAAGAAGAAUGAGCACUGUAAGAUGAAAAGAGAAGCAGAUGGAACAUGCUUAUUACAUAUUGAAUCUGCUACCAAUGAUGAUGAUGGAAACUAUACAAUCAUGGCUGCAAAUCCACAGGGAAGAAUCAGCUGUUCUGGACAUUUACUUGUGCAGUCAGCACCGCUGCGUCCACGCUCUAUUCCAACAGUGCUCUCUCACAGAGUGAGACCUCGUGUGCCAGAAGUGGAGAAUGAAUCAGUACAGGAGAGGUUCUUCCGGCCGUACUUCCUCCAAGCUCCUGGAGACAUGAUAGCACAUGAAGGGCGCUUAUGCAGGCUGGACUCUAAGGUCAGUGGUCUACCCACACCAGAUAUUAUGUGGCUUCUCAAUGGAAUACCAGUUAACCCAGAUCUCACUCACAAAAUGCUGGUCAGAGAGAAUGGAGUCCACUCACUUCUUAUUGAUCCCCUUUCACAAGCUGAUGCCGGGACCUACACUUGUAUUGCUACAAAUAAAACAGGACAAAAUUCAUUCAGCCUGGAGCUUACUGUGAUGGCAAAGGAAGUAAAGAAGGCACCUAUAUUUCUGGAGAAGUUGCAGAACUGUGGUGUUCCAGAAGGUCACCCAGUCAGGUUGGAAAGUCGAGUUAUUGGAAUGCCUCCUCCAGUUUUCUACUGGAAGAAAGACAAUGAAUCCAUUCCAGCCCACAAGCCAAGAAUAAGUAUGCAUCAGGACACCACUGGAUAUGUGUGCCUCCUAAUCCAGCCGGCCAAGAAAGAGGAUGCUGGAUGGUAUACGUUGUCAGCAAAGAAUGAAGCUGGAAUUGUGUCAUGUACAGCUAGACUUGACAUAUAUGCUCAGUGGCACCAGCAAAUCCCUCAGCCAAUUAAAAAGAUUCGUCCUGCUUCUUCUCGCUACUCAACAUUCUCUUCUCCAAGCCUGGAUAUUCUCAACUCUUACCCGGAAACACCACUGAGUUUCUUGUCACAACCCCGUCAAGUGGUGGAAAGUGAGGAGCUGUGAAUUCAACUGGCUACAGUAAAAAUAAAACUGUGAAGAAAUUAAAGCCGGAAAGUUUACAAAUAAUUUUUCAUUUUUUUAAAUAAUCUAUUUAGUUUUUUGCCCAUGUCAAAUAGAUACAAUGUGGAAAGCAUUUAAACUUUUUAUUAAAGAAAGGGACAGGUAGGCACCAUAGCCCAGACAAAUAAUGAAAAGGGUUUAAAACAUAUGUGCCAUUUGUGUAACUUGUGCAUACCAUUAAUACACACAGAUUUGGGUAGCUGUGUCACUAUCAGUGUGAUCAGUUUGAAUUUUAGGACCCUAAUUAUUUAUGUCCUUAGAUAGUAUAAAAAUCAAUAGAUGUUCUAAUAAUAUUAAAACAUGUAUCAUUUGUAUUUACCGGAUUCACUGUUAUGUAGUGAGACUGACACUGUAGAUGCUUUAAGUUAUUUGUGCCACAUCCCUGUGUUUAAAUCCUUUACAGCUUGUCUAUAUUGAAAAUAAACAGCUUAUUAUGGAAUAAAGUGGCAACA